AUGGGUCUAGUUGACCUCUCUCCUGCACAUGUCCCCUCGUGGGUUGUGCCGACAUCUUUCGCACUCCUCGCUGCUGGCGCUCUCUGCUGGGAUGCAACAUACGUACUGCUCGCCAUCCGGAGCCGGCGGACGCACUCUUAUGGCAUGCCUCUACUAGCCUUGGCUCUCAACAUUUCCUGGGAGAUAAUCUUUGCCAUUGGCAUCGCCGAGCAACCUCUUGAGCGCAUCGGCUUCCUCGCCUGGCUUCUCCUUGACAUACCCGUCCUACAGGCGACCAUUCGCGCAGCGCCUCGAGAGUUUUCUCAUGCCCCGCUCGUCGCCCGCAAUAUUGUGCCUAUUCUCGCUUCCAUGGUCGCCGUCGGCUGCGCCGGAAACGCCGCGUUCGCGUAUUGGUUCUUUGCCGCUCCCGGUCGCGGCUCCGGUGAUAAGGCUGGCAAAUGGUGGCGCGGCGCCGAGGGCUACGACUGCACCGAGCUGGCGUUCUGGACAGCUGGCAUCGCGCAGCUGUCAGUGAGCGCAGGAUGUCUCGCCAUGCUUUUCGAGAGGGGCCACUCCGGAGGCACUAGCUAUGCAAUCUGGUGA